CUUCAGAUCGCCUUGUAUUGAUAAUCCAUAGUUGUUUAAUUUAAACAGUUAAUGAUAGUUUACCAGUUCAAUUGACAAUCUAAAAUUAAUUUGUGCCUAUGGACCACCAGCCAAGACCUACAACACAAAUUUAAGAUAUGUCAGGCCGUGGUGAACUAACUCCGCGAAAUCGACGGGGUAAAAGUACGUCUUCUUCUACUGGCGAUCAUGCAAGAGCCGGAGCCAAGAUGGACGUGCCGGAAGACCUGCGGGGGUUCAACCUGCUGUUUUUCAUCACUGAGGCCAUAGGUCUAGUAGGAGUUGUGAUGAUGGCGAUCUGGACCAGUUUUCACCGCGGAGGGUUCGCCUGGAGGUCCAACCCUGGCCUGGAGUUCAACUGGCAUCCUCUGCUCAACACCAUCGGCAUGAUCUACCUCUUCGCUAACUCUAUCCUGGUGUACCGAGCGCUGCGUACUAUCCGCAAGAAGACGCUGAAGCUGAUUCACGCGGCCAUCCACUUUGUCGUGCUUGUGCUUGUGCUGAUCGCCUUCAUCGCAGUUCUCGACUCCCAUAAUCUCGCUGUUCCCGCCAUUCCCAACUUCUACUCUCUGCACAGCUGGCUGGGUAUCGUCACUGUGCUGAUCUAUGUGCUGCAGUGGGUGUUUGGGUUCGCUGCGUUCCUCUACCCAGGAUUCCCUCAGAAUCUCCGAGGAGCCAUCAUGCCGAUCCACACCUUCAUGGGAUUGUUGGCCUUUGUCCUGGCCAUUGCUACUGCCUUCACUGGCCUCACCGAGAAAGCUCUCUUUUCUGUUAAGGACUACUCAGCUUUUAGUGGGGAGACAUACCUCAUCAACUUCAUGGGCCUCAUCUUCAUUUUGUUCGGAGGGAUGGUCGUCUACCUCGCCACUGAGCCCAAGUACAAGAGAUACCCUCGUCCCGAAGAUGGUGGACUUCUCUCAGGCUCCUCUGAGUAAACCAUCUGGUACCAUUUCAACUCAGUGUAUUAUAUUUCUCCUACGUUUAAGCAUUAAGAUAGUUAAAUGUGUAUAUUGUGAACGUUAUGUUUGCGAGAUAGUUUUUCUGUGAUUUUAAACGAUUUGUCUAGGCCUAUUGCACACUUGAUUGUUUGAAUUUUUAACUGUGUCUGGUGCUGUUUAUGUAUUGAUGUUUUAGAGGUUCUUAAAAACUCCAUGUCGGUUUAUUUAUUUUUUAAAUUUAAAUGUAUGUUGGACUAUGGGUGCUCUUUCUGGUUUCACAUUAUUCUGAUGAUAUGUGUUAUUAAUGUACUUCAUAAGGCUGAUGUAGUUUGCUUUAGUACUUCUUAGGGACCACUGUGUAAGCGGUUUUAACGCAAAUCAAACAUGUAUUUAUCAAAAACUAUAUAUUUAUAUUGGUGGUGUAGCAGUUCAAAAAUUAACAAAAGACUGCAAAGUCAGUAAAAAAAUUUUUAUAAAUAAAAUACAAUCAUAAAUACAUAAAGUAUCAUAAAUACAAUCCUAACUACAUAAAGUAUCACAAAUAAGAAACUACAUUUGUUUUUUACCAUUUUACAUAGACAGUAGUUUUACAUUUUAUUAACAUCGCUAACAUUUUUAAUAUAAAAUCAAUUCAAUUUUCAAUUUUCACUUGAUACAGCGAUAGUUCAAUUUUGGUAGAUUCUCUUUAAAUUUGCAGUGAUUGUAAUUAAGCUUGAUUUAUUUACUAGUUACUUGAAGAAGUAGGCUAUUUAUUUCUUAUACAAUUUAUUUUAAGGUACAAAACCAUUAUCCAAAUGUCUUCUUCUUCAUUUAGAGUAUGACUUCUCUUUUCCUAAUUAUGUUGUGAAUCUUAAAUACAUUACCAUAAUAUUAGUUUAAUAUCAUUUCGCACAAAAUCAGAACAAUUUUUCUGUAGUUUUAAUAUAACAUACCAUUUACCUCAUAAAAGUUAGUUAAGCUUAUGUAUACUUUGUCAAUUUUGAACUUUAAAGAAAAUAUUUUACUAUAUUUUUUGUACAGAUAUAUUUAUUGUGCAGUAUUUAUAAGUCUGAUUAGCAAAG